GUGAUGACGUCGAAAGCCGGUGCCUGAAAAGUGAAGUGACCUUCUUUGCGUUCGUCACUAACCGCUAGUCGGCCGAGGCAGAAGCAGCCGUUCAUCUGCUGUAAAGUGUUUUUAACCCGGCAUCUUUUCAUCAAAAGCUGAUUAUGGGAGACGCUGAAAAGGGAAAGAAGGUUUUUGUCCAGAAGUGUGCUCAGUGCCACACAGUAGAGCAGGGUGGCAAGCACAAGGUGGGCCCCAACCUCUGGGGUCUGAUUGGACGCAAGACCGGACAGGCCGAAGGCUUCUCUUACACAGAUGCCAACAAGAGCAAAGGUAUCAUUUGGAGUGAGGACACCUUGAUGGAGUACCUGGAGAACCCCAAGAAGUACAUUCCUGGAACCAAAAUGAUCUUUGCUGGCAUCAAAAAGAAGGGAGAGCGCCAGGAUCUCAUUGCAUACCUCAAAUCAGCAACGUCGUGAAGACACCAUAAAGAUCUAAAUAUUUAAUGUUAUUUUAGUGUUUUUUUUUUUUUUUUUUCUGCCAAUACACAUUAAAUGUGACUUUAUGUUUAGUCAUUUGGACAAAUGGUUAGCUUAUUUUUUCGGGCUGGUGUUUGCUGCAAGUAUCACUUCCUUUUUAAGGUCAGAUGAGCUUUGAGCAGUUCAAGUGACCAAACAUAAAGCCUCAGUCCUGUUUUCAUUGAGUCCGUAUUAGUACAAACUAUUCACAUUUAAAAAUCGCUGGUGAUGGUGGGUCAUCGCUCAUUCUUUUUCAUGACAUGUGUCUGGUACUUUCUGCUAGCAGAGCUAUCACAGUCAACUUCAUUUUUUUAAAACAAGUCCUCAGAAAUUGAUAUCAGCUUCAUGAGUGAUGCAGCAGAGAAGCCUGUGUGGAGUGUUGGUGGUUAAACUUGCUGAUCCUGAAUAAUCUGCCCUCAGUGUUCAGACCACGCGGAGUGUCUGAACUUUGCACAGUGAGAUGGAAACUUGUACUUUAAGUUCUUGUUUUGUUUUUAAAUACUGAAUUUGGCGAUACCACUUUAGUGGACACUCCUGAAGCCCCUCUGAGCUGUCAGACUCCUUACAAGCUUUUAAAACUCUAAAGGCGACGCAUUUAUCUGCCUCCUUACAGCCAGGAAUUGUGGGCUUAUAUUGAUGCCUUGAAAACCACCAAUAUGCAGAGGUACAGUGUGAAAUCAGCUGGUAUACAAUCACCAUGCCUAAUAGUGUGGAGAGACUGUAUAAAAUAGGGAACUAUCUGGCAUCAUCUGGAGGGAUGGAAGGAUGUUAUUUACCUGGUUUCACAGGCCGGAACAGUGUCGGUAUAAUUUAUUUUACUGUAAUCAGUGUUUUAAUGACAGUUAUGUGGUAGCUGUGUUUGGUUAUGGACAGGAUGGUUCAAGAAAGAUCAAUUAAAGGAAAACGUCCAGACAUCUAAAAAUGA